UGAUAAUAUCAUAAUUCACACAAAGCACAAGACACAGAUUUCGAUACUAUACUUACUUAAGUAGACAGAAGUCUGUUUUAUAUAUUUUACAUUGGGCUAUUUUGUCGCCGUCAUACAAUUAAUUAGGUAUUAUUAAAAUUAUUGAUUGUGUUUUCUUUUUAUUGUAUUGAUUAUUUGAUAACAACUAUUAAAUGUGCUUGUGAACGAUAGUGCAUUAUGUUGUUUAUUAUCUAUAGCGUAUGAUUUGAAAUUUUAAUAAGUGUAAAAAUUACGGUAAUGGUGAAUUUUAUAUUCUAAGCUCAAAGCUUAACAUUUUGAGCAGUAUUUUAUAAUUCCACAUCAAGUAUAAUUAUUGGAAUGCACUGCUUUGCAAGUUAAUUAUUCAAGUUGGAUCUUUCAAGAAUAUUUAACAAUGCUCCACAAAGUUAUGAAAUUUAAUUUGAGCAAAAUCUGUUUUAUGCAAAAUACUUAUCAAACAUGUUGUUAUUGUGCAAGGUUUAAUAUAAAAAAUGAUAUAGUAACAUUUUUUCAACAAAAUUUAGGUUUACCUGAAAAUGAAGUUCAGAGAAUUUUUAAAAAGUAUCCAUCGUUUUACAAUGAUACAUAUUCUACGCUCUCGGAUAACUUUUCAUUAUUGAUGAGUUUCGGGUUUUCCAAAGAUGAUAUUCUCAAAAAAAUUCAAAUAUUAACACUUCAUUCAAUCACAAUUAAAAAUUAUGCUAUGCUUUUAGAAGAAGGAGGUUUUGUUAAAAAUAAAAUUGAUUCCAAAGCAAUAUUAAGGUUUAAAUUUAUAUCAAAAAAGUCCAUUCAAUCAUUAAAAAAUGAAAACUUCAUCCAGAAACAUAUUGAUGUUGGACAUCAUAUAUUGUCGUAUAUUCAAUUUCCAAUUGAAUUAUAUCCAAAAAAUUGUGAUGAGUCUCUUUCGUGGAACCAAGUUCAGAAAAAUAUAUUCAAAUUAUAUGUUGGAUGGAAAAUUAAAAUGGAUGUGGAAAAUAUAAAAUAUGCACAAACCAUUUACCAUAGACUAUAUAAUAAAAGUUACAGACUUAUGGAUAGAAGUAUUGAUAUUUUACUUAAAGAACUUAAUUUUACUGAAGAAAAGAUCAGAAGACAUUCUUAUUUAAUACACAGUGAUCCUGAUAACACACAAGCAAUUUUAAAUAAUUUUAAAAAUCUUUGUGGUAUGGAUGUAAAAUUCAUUUUAAGUAAGCAUCCAAAAAUAAUUCUUACUCCAUGGAAAACAAUAAGACAGAUUAAAAAACAUUUUGAGGAUUUUGGAAUUCCAGAGUCUUCAUUGGCUAAAGCACCAGAAAUCUAUACAUUAGGAAGUAACACUAUUUAUGAAAGAUUAUGUAAAUUAAAAGAAACACCAGAGCUGGCAUCAUUUAUUAACAAUCCACAAGUUGCAAGACUCAUUUACUACUAUACAAAAGUAAAUACACGUUUGACAUACUUAAAAAGUAAAAACUGUGUCUCAUUAAAUUUAUUGGUUACGAACAAUUUUUCAUUUAACAGAUUUAAUUGCAACGGUAAUGAUAAAGGGAAAACCAAUGAUAUAAUGAUAUAUUUGACAAAAGAAUUGGGAGAAGACAAAAAAAAGUUACGUACAUUAUUAGAACGUCAUCCUUAUUGGCAGUAUAUUUCUUUGUUAACAAUACGAAAAACGUAUGAGUUUCUUAAAAUUAAUCAUUUCACCAAGGACCAGUUAUGUCAUUGCUCACAGAUUUUAUUGUAUCCAGUGGAUAAAAUUAAAGAUACAUUGGUGUCCACUCAAAACAUGAAGAAUGUCUCCUAUCUACGAGAUGUGUCUGGAUCUAUCAAAUCUGAAUAUUUAUUGCCACUCGUACUGUAUAACUUAGAAAAGGAUUAUCAUUUCUCAGGCGACGGUGUUUGGAAUACAAAUGAACAAACUAAAAAAAUACCAUUGUCAGAUUCUCCUAAAGUCACGCUUGAGGAUACAGAAGAAUUAGACCAUGAACCAUCAACACAAUUACUUGGAUAGAUUUUACAGUUAAUUUAAAAUGUAUUCAUAGUAAUCAAGUUACAUAAUAACUAAUAAAUAAGAUAGCAUGACAAAUUUCCAACAUACAAUGUGUUUACAUAUAUUUUUAUAUUUUUGUAACAUUAAUUAGUUGAAAGUCACAGCACUUAAUGACGAUUCAUAAAUUAGAUAAUAUCCUUGAUCUUA